AGUAACAGGAAAACAAGUCGAGAAGAUGCUGAACAACUGGGCAUCUUUGACUUAAUCCAGAGAUUGAAUAAAUGCGUUUUUCUUUUAGGAUACUAUUUUCAACAUUUGUCCUACACUGUGCCAGGCUGAAGUUUUAACAACAUGAUGGAGGAAACAGACAGAUUUCAAGUGCCACCGGUUAAUCCAGAGACGAAGCUGCUGGACCCUGCGGAAACGUCUACUUUGGAGGCUGACUCAAGCACAAGGGAACCUGAGUCAGUCGCUAUCAACUACAAGCCCUCCCCACUACAAGUAAAGAUAGAGAAACAGAGAGAGCUGGCAAGGAAGGGGUCGGUAAAGAACGGAACUGUGGGUAGCCCAGUCAAUCAGCAACCCAAGAAAAAUAACGUCAUGGCCAGAACAAGGUUGGUUGUCCCUAAUAAAGGCUAUUCAUCCUUAGACCAGAGUCCUGAUGAGAAGCCACUUGUAGCACUUGACACAGACAGUGAUGAUGACUUUGACAUGUCCAGAUAUUCAUCGUCUGGAUAUUCCUCAGCCGAGGUGAGAUGUCUGAGGGACCAGCAAAUAAACCAAGACUUAAACAUCCAGCUGCUAAAGGACGGCUACCGAUUGGACGAAAUCCCAGAUGAUGAAGAUCUGGACCUCAUCCCCCCCAAAUCCGUCAAUCCCACCUGCAUGUGCUGCCAAGCCACUUCCUCCACAGCCUGUGAAAUCCAGUAGCCCCUUCCUCCCCUUGAACCCCAUUUAAACCUGUGACUUGAGGUCACAGUGACUACACUCAGCAUAGAUUAACUACUAAAGAACUUAAAUAAACACAGUAGAAUGGGUGUUACAAUUAAUAUUACAUAGGAAGAAAAUAGUGAAUGAAAAUGCAAAAAGAAAAUGUUACUGUCAUUGGUUCCUCCUAUGGUAGGAUGUGAGUCUUUGUAUCAUCAACAAAGGGUGCUAGACUUAGGUGUGUAUAGAUGCGUUGAGGUAUACAUGAAUGCACAGUGUGGCUAAAGGAUGCAGCUGCUAAAAUAUAUUUUAAAAUGGAACAAAAAAAGUAUGACACUACUACAAGUUCCUCAAUUUGGAGUGAAAAUGCAUACUCUUAUAUUUACCUUUGUUUAGCUCACACUUUCUGUGCAUAGUGACCAGGAGAAUCUGAAUAAUUUAGAUUUCUCCAUAUUUUCAAACCUAUGUAUUAUCGUAUGUGCAGCUCUGUAGCAAACGCUUAUAAAAGGGCAUACACUUGAGAUGUCCAUACAUAUGACUGAUCUCCUUAGAUACACACAGAAUAUGUAAUUGUCUUGAAAGGGAAUGUCACUGAAUAGUUGGAAUGUGCUUUACUAAUGAAGACUGUCUAUAUCGAUUGUUUACUUGUUUUUCUUUUUUUUGUGUUGUUUUGAUCAGUGUUGCUUGUUGUUUGUGGGCUUAUGUAAUGAACACAAAGCCACAAUGGCUAUACAAAACUAAGAGGAACGUAAAACAAUGAUGAUACAAUAAUUAAUUUUUGAAAGCUUUUUAUUUAGAAUUGUUGCAAUGUCUUAGAUGGGGGACAAUAGGCUUGCUAACCUGACAAAGAAAAUCUGAUUUGUGCCAAAAUGCAUUGUGUAUUUAUUUUGAAAGAUGGAUUGGGUAAAGAAAGCUUAUGGCCAGCAUAUUGAAAGAUGCCAGAAAUCAAUUUUACACUCCGUUUAGUUUGCUCUUUAAUGUUCUCCUCUUUGCAGUUACUUUAAAGUGAGAUAUUCAAUAACAUAUUCAAUAUCAAUAGGAUACUCUACGUUUGUUCAUUUGCUGCUUUUCUAAUUCACUCUCAUUUGAUGGCUUUUUAAGAAACCCCUUGAAAAAACACUUCAUUCAAAUCACUAAAAUGGAUAAAUCACCCAAAAAUGAAUAUUCUCUCAUCAUUUACUCACCCUCAUGUAAUCCCAGAUGUGUAUGACUAUCUUUCUUCUGCUGAACAUACACAAAGAUAUUUAGAAGAAUAUCUCAUCUCUGUAGGUCUAUAAAAUGCAAGUGAAUGGUGGCCAGCAUUAAAGUAAUCCAUAUGACUUCAGUGGUUUAAUCCAUGUCUUCUGAUGUGAUAUGAUAGGUCUGGUUGAGAAACAAAUCAAUAUUUAAGUCAUUUUUUUUUUUACCAUAAAUUCUCCUCCCUGCCCAGUAGGUGGCAAUAUGCAUGACUAAUACAAAUAGCCAAAAGCAAAAGAUGAAUGUGAAUGUGGUUGAUUGUAUAAAAUAAAAAAUAAAAAAAGGAGUUAAAUAUUGAUCGGUUUCUCACCCACACCUUUCAUAUCUCUUCUGAAGAUAUGGAUUAAACCACUGGAGUCGUAAGAAUCACUUUUAUGCUGCCAAAGUUCUGGAUGCUGUUCAUUUGAAUUGAAAGCACCUACAGAGCUGAACUAUUCUCAGAAAAUCUUUGUUUGUGUUCAGCAGAAGAAAGAAAGGCAUACACAUCUGGGAUGGUAUGAGGGUCAGCAAAUAAUGAGAGAAUUUUUGGGUGAAAGAUCACUUUAAGCACCUGUUCUUAUGUGAGCAACUGUGAGUGCUGUUACAUUACUUUUGAAGAUUGUACUAUAGGUCUUUGCAAUAUAUGAGUUUUAUGUUGGUCAUGCAACUGUACAGUAUGAGACAUUUUUCAUUCUGAGAAUUUAUUCAUUUGCCGUUCUUUAGCUUUCUAAAGCUUAAAGCUUUCAGUGCACUUUAUCAUCUAAUGUGCAGAUCGCCACCUCAUUGCCACUGCCAGCUGUAAUUCAAUGCCCCUUAAACAAGUACCAAACUAGUAACACUCAAGGCUUCAUUUGAUGUACUACAUUAGGAGAAUGUAUAAAGCAAAAUCACAGUGUAAUAAUAUAUAUUUUUUAUAACCCUUUGUUAUGAAUUUUACUCACCCUCAUGUUGUUUCAAAUCUGUAUGACUUGACUUUAUUCUGUGAAAAUGGCAUGCUAGACUCCUUUUGUGUUUCACUGGAAAAAGAACAUCAUAGGGUUUGGAACAACAUGGGAUGAGUAAAUGAUGACAGAAUUGUCAUUUUUUGGUAAACUUUCCAUUGCUUCUAUGUUCCCCAAAUGGUUAUGAUUUUUUUUCAUUGCUGUAUUGAUAUAUUGGCAAAUAUUUCAUACUACAUUGCCAUACCACACUGUUUCAGUAUUAUAGCGCUCUUAUUGUAGCAACAGAGAACCUACACAAUGCCUAUUCUAUAAGCUCACCAUAUAGAUAUGAAAAUGGAGCAUUUGCCUCUUCUCAGACUUUUUUACUCUCUAAACUCUCAUGGUACUUGUAGACAUAACAUAGGACUGACCGAUUCCUGCAUCUGUGUGUUGAAUAAGGAUGUCAGUCAUUUACAACACUGUGUAUCUGCUUUGGGUAAAGAUUGUGUAAUGUCUGAAUCAUUGUCCACUCUCUGUUACUACACUGAAUUAGCUAUACAGUGGGUCAUGUUAUUUAUUGCCAGUGAUAUAUUUUUAAAUUAUUUAUAUCAGAUGGGAUUUUUUUUUUUUAGGUUUGUUUUAUUUUCUUUCUUACAUUUUAUUUGCCCUUCUGUCAAUAAAUAUAAUUGUAAAAGACUAAAACAAAUGUUUCCAUACCAGUAUUUAACAAUGUUAUUGUUCUGUGUAGUAAAGAAUAUCAGUAAAUACAUC